AUGGGAGUGCCAGCCGUUGGAUUUCGGAACACGUUUGUGCGGAACUCCCUGCACGAGGUGGCCCGCUUCUUCAAGAUCAAUCACCGUGGGCACUUCAGGGUCUACAACGCUUGCCCCGAGAUGCCCUACCCUGAGGAGCCUUUCAAGAAGGUAGGAGGCAGCAUGACGUGCUUCCAGAUCCAGGACCACAGCCCGCCCCGUAUGGAGCAGUUCCUCGCCUUUCUUGCCGACGCGCGCGAGUUCCGUGGCGAGUCCCAGGACAACGUAAUCGCCGUGCACUGCAAGGCGGGCAAGGGGCGCACCGGGUCCUUGUGCUGCGCCUGGCUGCUCUACGCCAAACGGCAAAAGACGCCUGAGCAGGCCCUCCAAGUCUUCGCGCAGAGAAGGACCGACACGCGCAUUGCCCGCAAGUUGCGCGGUGUAGAGACACCGUCGCAGGUCAGGUACGUGAACCAGCUGUUCCAGCAUCUGCAGAGGACGGAUUCGUGGCUUCACAGCCCAGCGCUGCCUCCACCAGUCCCCACCCCGACAGCCACCCUGCACAAGCUGGCCAUCGACGGAAACUUCUUCGCGCACCCAGAGGAGAUCAAGCGCUUGCGCGUGAUGGUUCAGUGCUUCGAGGGAUGCAACAAUUUGACGGAACCGAUUUUGGAGACAGAGGCUUUCGAUCCCAGCGAUUUGAGCGUGAGUCUGAACGACAUCGUUGUCAAGGGAGACGUCCGUAUUGCGCUGUUCGCCGACAAAGGCAAAGAUUUCAGCGCUCGUGAGGCGAUGCUUGCGUCUCCCAAUAACUUCAACAAGUCCCGAGGCCUUUUGGCGUAUUUCGUCUUCCACACUGGUUUCAUGCACGACAGGGAGGAGGCCCCGAUGAGCUCCGACCCGCUUUGCAUGAGCACGCUCGAGGUCGACGUCUCGCAGAUGGACAAGGCCAACAAGCGGAUCAAGACCGACAAGCGCGACGGGCGAUUCAACAGAGGCGCCAAGAUGGUCCUGGACUUCUCUGGCGGCCGUGCGCCUCCGCACGAGGCCGGGUGCCGCGACAGCGCGCCGCUGGCUGCCAGGGCGCCCAGGCUCCAGGCGAGCGCGUGGGGGAGCUCUGGCGCCUCGCUGUCCCAAUUGGAGGCCGCUGGGAAGGAGGAGGUGGGCGGAGACGGGCGUGGGGCAGUGCGAGGCAAGAGCGAGGUCGACGGCCUGGCAUGCAGCCCCACCAGCUCGUGCGUGUCGGUCUGA